UAUAGGGUGAUGAAUGUGGAGAUUAGAUUAGAAUAUCACGAGUCCAUGUACUAUACUUACUAAUGAAGUGAUUGUCACUAUCCUGCUGGUAUCAAUUUCGGGGUGGAUCAUCCCUGCUCUGACUCUCAUCUCAUUUGUUCCUGGAAACAAUCACAACUUUUGGCAUUCCUUAUCGAGGUGUGAUUGGCACACACAGAUUCCUGUGGACAACUGUCAGAGAUGUAAAUUACAUCACCUCACUCUGCAGUUAGCUUGUAUAUAUUUUCAAGGUCAAAUAUUAUCAUGCUUCACUCUGUGAGGCAGUUUAUCUGUGAUAUGAAGAUGUGAUUGAAGCCUCAAACUGAAAAGUCAGUAGUGUUUUAAAAGUGUAUUCAGUGUGGUAACGAUGAUGAUGGAAUAUCAAGGACAGUGACUGGUGGACAGAUACUGGUCACCAGGUGGAGCUAGUGUCAGGACAAUGCUGUCACGAAAGUUCUCAAAGAAAAAUAUUUCCUAUUCAGCACGGACCGUUGUACUACAGCGUGGACCCGAGGGAUAUGGAUUUGUACUACGGGGCGCAAAGUCCCAGACAAAUGCCACUGGAGAGCUGGACUUUUGUCCGACAGCGGAAUUCCCUGCCCUUCAGUACCUGGACAGUGUUGACCCAGGAAGUAGAUCUGACAGAGCUGGACUCAAGUCAGGAGACUUCCUAUUGGAA